AUGGGACUUGGUGGAAUUCCAAAUCAGGGGAAAAAUCGAUUUAAUGGUAGAAAGACACUUGAAUUUCCUUCGUCUUCAGAUAAGGGUAUGAUAAAGAUUCUGUUAACUGUCAUAUUUCAAGUUGAAGAAGAGAAGUUCCUGCCCUGGGCGUGGCCGCUCUUUUUGGUCGGCGUGGUAGCUUCCUAUGAUCAACCCUCUCCUUUCAGUAUAGACUAUUCUCCAGAAUGUGCUCUAGUUCUUAAACAAAGUAAAGGAUCUCCUUUCAAGAGGUCGUUAGAUCCUGGCUUAAGCUACAUCUCCGAAUUCGUACCAAGUUGGCAAAAUGAAAACAUUGAUCAAACGUGUAUACGUUACGAAGAUAUUAACAGAGCUUUACACGAAGCGAGGAGAAAGUUUGAAGAAGUGCCUUGGGAAAUUAAGGACUUGUCGUCCGUCUAUCCAAAAGUCAAUCAUAUUUCAAUUCCGGCCGAAAUACUUUUGGAAACUGUUAGGAUCUUAGCUCACAGGUUUGGUCUAAGCACAGACGCGAUAGCCCACGGACUCCCCCAGAUAGACACUUCCAAGACAGCAAUCAAAGAAAUCUGUCCCACGUUCCUUCAACCGGUAAAAUGCGAGAUCUCCCGAUAUCGAACUCUGAGUGGGAUGUGUAACAACCUGGACAACCCCUCUUGGGGAAGUGCUCGAUCGGCCAUGAUCCGGUUCAUUCCGCCCUCCUACGGAGAUGGUAUAUCUAUUCCUAGACGAGCUUUCGAUGGAUCUCCCCUCCCAAGUCCUAGAGUAGUGAGUCUGGUAAUGCAUCAUGAUGUCAGCGAACACGACUAUGGCAUUUGCAACAUGAUCGCCGCCUGGGGACAGAUGUUGGAUCACGACUUGACGAGGGCAGCGCCUACUAUCGAUACCCGCAAGAGGAGCAUCGAAUGCUGCAAGACUCCAGUCGACAGGCGCCACUACAAUUGCUACCCAGUGGACAUCCCUCAGGACGAUCCCUUCUACAAAUUUUUUGACCGCCGAUGCAUGAAUUUCGCAAGAUCUCUGGCUGGAAUGCAACCAGGAUGCAGGCUUGGUCCACGUUGGCAGACCAAUGCCAUUUCAGCUUACAUCGAUGGUAACUUUAUUUACGGAAGCAACGAAGAAGUUGCAUCAAGGCUCAGGGAAUUUAAAGGAGGUCGCCUAAAGACUUCUCCCUUGUACCGCAAUUUGGGUCUGAAAGAUUUGCUCCCAAUGAAAACCGUCGAUCCCGAUUUGGGAUGUAUUGCAAGGCCGAGGAACAUGUAUUGCUUUGAUGCUGGUGAUGAUCGUGUCAAUGAACAACUCCAACUGGCCGUGAUGCACAUUGUUAUCAUGCGUGAGCACAACAGAUUGGCUGAUGGCUUGUACCAUGUGAACCCCCACUGGGAUGACGAAACUCUGUACCAGGAAGCAAGGCACAUCCUAUCAGCUCAGCUACAACAUAUCACCUACAAUGAGUUCUUGCCAAUGGUACUUGGACACCAAACAGUCAAGAAAUAUGAUCUCCAACCUUUGACAAAGGGCUACUAUAGCGGAUACAGCACAAAAAUAAAUGCUGGUAUCAGAGCUGCAUUCCAGUCUUCGGCUUUUCGAUUCGGACACAGUAUUCUUCCCGAUGUAACAGAACGAUACAACAAAUUUCACGAGAGGAUAGAGGCUAUCCGUCUUUCCAGACAGCUCCUGCAGCCUUACGAUCUCUACAAGCCUGGCAUCGUCGACACCUUUAUCCUUGGUCUCAUCAAUCAGGAAGCUUAUAGGAUGGAUCCUUCCAUCUCCACGGAGGUUACAAACCACCUGUUUGAAAAACCAGGAGACAACUUCGGUAUGGAUUUGGCCGCCGUGAACGUUCAAAGGGCACGAGAGCACGGUCUACCUGGAUACAACAGGUACCGAGAGUACUGCGGCCUACCCAAAGUUAGGGACUUCUAUGACUUAGCCGGUAUUAUACCGAACAACACAGUUCAUAAAUAUGCCAAAUUAUACAAGACAGUCGAUGACAUAGACUUAUGGAGCAUAGGUAUUGCCGAAUAUCCAAUUCCAGGCGCCAUUGUGGGGCCAACGUUCGCUUGCCUCAUCGGCGAACAGUUUGCCAAUAUUCGAAGAGGCGACAGGUUCUGGUACGAGAACCAUGGAUGGCCUUCUAGUUUUACGCCAGAACAACUUCAAGAAAUUCGCAAGGUGCGUCUGGCACGAAUCUUGUGUGAUAAUGCAGAUGAAAUGCUAACAGUUCAAUAUAAUGCCAUGGCGAUGGCAGAUCCACACACGAAUCCAAGGCUAGACUGCGGCACAGACGACAUCCCCCGACUGGACUUGAGCAAGUGGCGAGACACGAAUUACAAGAAGUAG